CAUGUAUACUGUUAAUGAUAGCUAUCUGGCUAAAUAUGCUGUUUUUGAUGAAGAAAAUCCAAUCAAUCUUUAUUCCCAUGAUGAGAUAACUAGUAAUGGAUUUUUACUUAUUGAUCUACAGGCUGAUUAUGAAAUUUUUGAAAUAUGUUUAUGUAACAGCCAGAAUUCUAAUCAUUUGAGAAAUUUUAAAGUUUAUGCUAGCAAUUCUAUGAUUGAAGUGGAAAAUAAAAAUCUCUGUUUUCACUUUACUGAUGAAGUUAGUCAGCUAACUCUCCUGGAAGACAGCAGUUAUAUUUGUAAAAUGUGCAAUUGUCUGGGACAGUUUGUGAGACUCCAGAAAACUGAACAUAGUUAUAUGACUAUAACAGAUAUUAAAAUUAGAGGAAAUUUGUCAAAAGAGACAGAUGAUCAACUGAUACCUUUAGAAAGUACUGAGCUUUUUUAUGCAAAUGAAUCAAGGCUAAACUCUCUUUCUACUUUAUGUGAUAGAUUAUUUUCAACUUAUGUUGAGUUUAGCAAACCCUAUGAAUCUAAGUACUUUUUACAAAUCAAUUUGAGAAAAGUCCUCCAAAUUAAAAGAGUCAUAUUAGAUUUACCAAAGAAACAAGGAUCAUCAUUCAGAUAUAUUAGAGUUGAUACCUUGCUACUAAGAAAAUCACAUAGAGGUGGAGAAGGUACAACUUAUUCAGGAAUAUCCACGAGGCCUUAUAAGAAGCAUCUUUGGAGAGCCGGAAAAAAGGAAGAUGUAAUUUUUCCAAAUAAUCUCCAAGAUGAUGUAUUAUUACCAAAUGAACUCGAUCUGAACUUGACUGAUGGUGAUAGAAUAUAUAUUUAUCUAAAGCCAACACUUUUAACUGUCAUAUGUUUGAUGUAUUUCAGUCUUGAAAGAGUAGAAUACAAAAUCAUAGCCACUGACAUAACACAAGGUACUGAACAAAUUAAUGUGACAGUGACUGUUUAUGGUGUUUACAUGUUCAGAAUUAUCACUAGCUUUUUAUCAUACUCUAUACUUGAUUGCUGUGAAAUCCAUGACAAUAACUGA